CUGACGUCAACGUGAAAGCGCACCUUCAGAAACGGCAUCGGUUUGGGUGAGAGCACGAAGAAGAUGGGCAUAACAAGAGUGUCAUUAUUUUAACUCAUAUUAACUCCAUAGUUAGUUUUAUACGGGAUGUUUGUGUGUAAUACUGAGUAAUGAGCGAGCGGAGGCUCUCAGGAGACCGUUAAUGUUUGUCCUCGUCUGAAGUUGAACACUGAAGUUGAAGUAAGGUUAGCUUAGCUAGCAUCUCUCUCUGCUCGGCUCAAUCCUGAAGAAAAUAUGGUGUCCUGGAUUAUAUCAAGAUCUGUCGUGCUGGUUUUUGGAAACCUGUACCCAGCGUACUACUCCUACAAAGCAGUGAAAACCAAAAAUGUCAAAGAAUAUGUGCGAUGGAUGAUGUACUGGAUUGUUUUUGCCCUGUUUACAGUAGUGGAGACUGUCGCAGAUCUAACCAUAGCCUGGUUUCCCCUCUAUUACGAGAUCAAGAUUGCGUUUGUGAUCUGGCUUCUGUCUCCCUACACGAGAGGAGCUAGUGUCAUCUACAGAAAAGCCCUUCAUCCUCUGUUGUCCUCCAAAGAAAGGGAAAUUGACGACUACAUAGUCCAGGCGAAAGAACGUAGCUAUGAGACCAUGGUGAACUUCGGCAAGCAGGGCCUGACCAUCGCUGCAACUGCUGCUGUGUCCGCUGCUGUCAAGGGUCAAGGUGCCAUCACAGAGAAGCUCAGGAGCUUUAGCAUGCACGACCUUACCCAGAUCCCUCAAGACGACACGUAUUCAUCAUACAGGUCCAACCCAGCCAGAAGAGCCAUCAUGGACCAACCAGACGGAGCUGAGUAUUAUCACGGUGAUGACGAUGACAGGAGUGAUGACGAGGAUAAACCUGUAUACUCUGAAGAUGAAGCCGUGUCUCAUCAUGGGCUCAGACGAUCUCAGAGUGUCAAGAUGACGCGUUCAAAAAUGCGCAAAGAUGCGCGUUAUGGAUCUCUGAAGAUCAAAGGGAGGAAAAGACCAGCACUCAAUGCCAUGACUUACACCAGCAUGGACAACUGAGCUGACUACUGAUGUGUGGGAAGAUGUGUCCACUUUAUCAGACAACCAGUGUGUUCAUAUUCUUCUCUUUCCAUAAGGGCUGUGGACUUUCAACUUUUUCACUGAUAUACCAGCAGAUCUAUUUAUUACUUCUACCAGCAAGUGUGUACAUACAGCGAGUGUCAUGAGUUAGAGUAGUAUAUGAAACGUAUGGGGUUUGACUGAUGGGUGUAUUUGUAACGCAUGGCUUUAUUGGUCUGAAUUUGCCAUUCAGAUGUCUCUGUCUCCAGUAUUUGUAUUUAGAAAUGUGUCCUCUUUGGAUGUGGGUUUUAUAUUUCUGUUUUCGUACUUUUGCUGCCUUUUAGAAGAUGUUUUAAGUAGUUUUUACAAUUGUAGUUUAGGUAAGAAUUCAGAUUUUUAAAAACUUGAAAAUGAUUUGUCAGCAUCAGACCAAAAGCGUCUCUUAUCAGUAAUAGAGGAAAUACCAAAGAGAACAAAAGGCAGUGUUGCGUUAAUGUUAAUACAAUUUUCAAAUGUUAAAAAAGUCAGCUGUUGUUUUCUUUGUUAUUGAUGGUACGUGGGUUUAAAGAAAACCCCUUUUGCACAUUCUUUAAAUCCUCGAUUUAAACCUUCACUUCUGGUCUUCAUGCAGAAUGUUCUUUAUCUGGGAGAAAGUCCACACCAAUGUAACAUCUCUGCUGUCGUGUGGCUGUAUGUGUCAUUCAAAAUGAAUGCAAUAAUAUGAAUAAAGCUGAAAUGUUGUAAUGCAA